CCAGCAUUGUUAAGUCAAGGGGAGGGUGAGCGGAAGAGCUCAACCCGGCCCCGCCCGCAACCUGCAAGUGAUGUGCAGAAGACGGCCCGAACCCAUCCGACCCACAGGCCCAUGAGGAAAACUUGGAGGCGGAGCUAUGCAGCUUUACCUGUCCCGCCUUCUCCUGAUAGUGACGAGGACUGCCUUGCGGGUGACUGGAGUCUUCUUCUGGGUCCUGGUGUAUGUGGCAGCGCUGCUGGCAGCCGUGUCCUAUAUACCUGACGCUUUACGGCUACUGACUCGGGGGCCACUCAGUGCAUUUCGCUGGGGGCCUCGCAAAGCUGCUCCUGCAUGUCUGACAAGCAGCGCUCAUGGGCAGCAUGGAUACAUCAGGAUGAAGGAUUCUGGAAUUCGCUUCCAUUACGUUGCUUCUGGGGAUAAAAGGAACCCCUUAAUGCUGCUCCUUCAUGGCUUCCCUGAGAACUGGUACUCAUGGAGGUACCAACUGGAUGAGUUUUCCAAUGGGUAUCGGACAGUCGCCAUAGACCUCCGGGGAUUUGGAGGAUCAGACGCCCCCUCCAGGCUGGAAGAUUACAAAAUGGAGAUCCUACUUCAAGACUUACAGGAUCUUAUCAGAGGACUUGGUUACUCGCGCUGUGUGCUGGUUGGCCAUGACUGGGGAGGCACUUUAGCUUGGACCUUUGCUGUUCGACACCGUGAUAUGGUCACUCACCUCAUCGUCAUGAAUGCGCCUCAUCCUUCAGCUUUUCACGAUUAUGUGCUCUCCCACCCCUCUCAGCUGUUCUCCUCCCGAUAUGUCUUCCUCUUCCAGCUCCCACUCAUUCCAGAAAUCCUUCUCUCCCUGAGAGACUUUGAGCACAUAAAGAAGCCACUGACGGAUGCCACUCAUGGGAUACAGAAUGUGGAGUGCAAGCUGAGUAAGGAAGAGGUAGAGGCCUUUGUAUACUACCCGUCCCAGAAAGGAGCCUUGACACCUCCACUCAACUACUACAGGAACCUAUUCGGAUUUUUUCCAGUGAAAGCCCAGGAUGUCCUUGUCCCGACGCUGCUCCUGUGGGGGGAACACGACGCCUUCCUGGAAGCUGCCAUGGUGCCAGAGAUGCAGCAGUAUGUCCGCGCCCCGUUCAGGGCAGAAAUCAUACCCAACGCCAGCCAUUGGCUGCAGCAGGACCGACCGCAGGAAGUCAACAAGAUCAUCAGGGACUUCCUGAAAGAAGAUUUCCUUGUUCACAGGAACUGACACUCUAAUGAGUACAGUAAUAAGAUAUGGAGUGAGACCUGAUUGUGCUUGUGUGAUCUAUUUAUUGAAGCCCGGAGCUGACUGUGAUUGGUGAGAAUAUUUAAGUACUUCAGCCUGGAGCUGACUUGCUUAUGUUUCUGUAUGGAUGGGGAGAACUGGUAGUGGCACCUGUAUAAGGGCAGAAGGGACUCAUCGGCUUGUCAUUCAGCUUCUUAUUAUUAUCAUGCACAUCCAACUCACAAAUAAUGCAACCAAUGAGAUGCUAAGGCUUUUUUUUAAUCAAUUGUUUCAAUUAUUUGGCAGCUUUCCAGUUAGCAAUUUUAAAUGCUUUGUGGUUGCUAUGCUAACCAACCUAGCAACAAGGCCUUUGCUAGAGCCUUAUAUUAAAGUUUGGAUCAUAGCUCUCUGAUUGAAGCAAAUAAAAAGGGAAACACUGCUGCUUGGGGAGUGGGGUGGGUUAACCAUAUGAUUCUGCCCACCCAAGUUUAAAGUCCACAUUCAUUUUUUUAGCGUAAAAUGUAUUUAUUAUUGCUAGAGUGCAAGACUGCCUUAAGGUCCAGUUUUUCAUGGAGCAAUGGCCGCUGCGGUCUGUUCUCUGCUUAUUAUGUGCAACACAGGUAGGUCGGCCCAAUACUGAAUGCCCAGAUUGUUAGCACAGGGCUCAGCCCAUUGGCAUUCCUUAGCUUUAAAUAAUGUGCAAGCUAGGGGGUGUCCAAGGGGAUGCCCAAGCACUGCCAUUAUGAAUACAGAGAUGCUGAAGGCAGGCAUUGCAGUAUUCAUGAGAUAACGGCAAGUCCUUGUUUACAGACAAGUUUUUUGCACUUUAUACAAUGGGCCACGUGUAUGAGGCCUCUGGCUCUGCCCCACCAAACUGCCAGGGGGACAGGGAAUGAUCCAGGGACAACUGGGAUCUCUGGUAUGGGCAGGAGUAGGCAGGAAUACAAUGAUAAUAACAGUAAAACAAUAUAUUACUUUCCCCCCCAGGGAUGAUUCCCAGUGAUUUCCUCUCAUGAGCAGGAAACCAACAGAGCUUGCACUUGACUGCACUACGUGCUAUAAACACUGCGUUCUCUGGGAGUUCUGCACGCCCUGUCCUGGAACACUUUGUUUAUGAGUGAUAUUGGCAUUAAUUGAGAUUAAUUGCUUGUGGGGAUUUAUCAUGCCGGGGUUCUGGGACAAUUGCCAGAUCUUAUUUUUGUAUAUAUGUGUAAAUAUCCUAUUCAGACUGAUUAAAGGAUGCCUUAAUUCCUA